AUGUAUGUAAGCUAUAAAAAGAAUGAUGGUACACAAGUUAAAGUUCCAUUAGACAACAACUGCUACUUAAACUUAUAUGGAGACGAACAAAAGAAAUAUUUAAGAGUUUAUGAAAUGGCAGAUAUGACAUUGCCUGACCCAGCUCCAGCACCAUAUUAUUAUGACUAUGGAGAUGACGACAGAACACCACAUGUAGAUGAACAAAAGCUAACAUUAUAUUUAGAUUAUUAUAGAUAUAAAAGAUAUAAUGCAAUAGAAAAAACGAGAAUAGUAUAUUAUUAUACAGAUGACAGAAAUAAAUAUUAUAGUCAAGAUUUUACCUACCCUGAAAACAUAAGAUUAUAUUAUAAAAAAUAUUCUGACACAAACCAGAAGAAACCUGAAAUAGCUGCACUAUAUUUUAAGUUCAAAAAAGACAAUCCUAUAAUAUCUCAUAUGUUUGAUUUAAUGAACCCAGUAGGUUCUAUUUAUAUAUCUAUGGAAGCAAGAGGUCCUCAAGUAAUGUUUGGUGCAUGGGAACAAAUAGUCGACAGGUUUUUGUAUUGUGCAAACUCUUCAAAGGAAACAGGUGGAAGUAAAACGAUUUCAGGUGAAAAUUUACCUGCACACAGUCACUACAUAGAUUUAAGUACAUCUCAAGCAGGUUGGCAUAAGCAUAGAUAUUGGGAUUGGUCAGGAAUGACAAAAGGUAAAGGAUAUGAUGUUAAAGACGACGUUAAGUUUGCUAUAAAUUGUUACUGGAGUGACACUCAGGGAGAAGGAAACCAUACACAUUUCGUUUCAGGAUAUACACAAACAACGGGACAAAGUAAAGAAUACAUGCCACCUUACAUGACAGUUUACGCAUGGUAUAGAAUUGGUUAG